AAAUAUAUAAUGCAAAAUGUAUAUUAAUAAAUCGUAUUGUCUUAACGUAUAUAUUUGAUGACCUAUUUUCAAUUGGUUUUGACAUUGUUAAUAUUAAUGAAUUUUUCGUAACUAGAGGAUCGUAUACAUAUAUGUAUAUAUUGUACUACUUACUUGCAAGUAAAUGCAAUGUUUGAGGUGAACGAAACUACUUUAAAUGCAUACUAAUGUGAAAAAUCGUAUUAAUCGUUUGUAAUAUUAUGCACAUAUAGGAUCGAAUUGAAAUAAAGAAAACAUUACAAUGAAAGGUUUUUUUUUUAAAGUUUACAUAUGAUGAUGCGAAUGAAUUACAAAACGACUUUAUUAAUAUUGAUUGUUGCUGUUAUAAGUUCCUUACUAACAUCAUGGAACAAUUGUGGAUAUCCUUUCUUUCUAAGGCCAACAGAUUGGAAAUAUCAGUUUCAACAUAAAGAAAAAGUAAAUAAUGAACCAGGAUAUCAAGAAAUAGAUUGUUCAAUAAAUGGUGAUUAUUCAAUUGGUUGUCGGAAAGAAGGAGAUGAAGUAUACAUACCCUUUUCAUUCAUUCAUAAAUAUUUUGAAAUUUAUGGUAAAUUGGCAACAUACGAUGGAUUAGAAAGAUUUGAGUGGUUACACAGUUACUCCAAAAUUGUAACUCCUAAGGGUAAAUAUGAUCCCCGAGGGAUAUUUAUGACAUUUGAAAAUUAUAACGUUGAAGUUAGAGAAAGAGUAAAGUGUGUUAGUGGCAGCGAUGGUGUACCGAUAUCUACGCAAUGGGAAAGUCAAGGAUAUUAUUAUCCAACUCAAAUUGCCCAAUUUGGAUUGUCCCAUUAUAGCAAAAAUUUAACAGAACCUGAACCUUACAGAAAAUUGAUAAAAGAUUCUGAUAAACUCAAAUUAGAAUGGUCUGUUCCUCAAGGAUCUGUUAUUUCUCGAAUAUAUGACAAACAAGUUAAUAGCUAUGUUACAAAAUUCGCAACACCUGAAACGAGUACUUCUGGAAUAAGUUUAAAACUGGAUCAUGUAUUAGAUCUUGUAUUAAAAUGGGAUCUAAAGAUUAAGGAUAAUGGUAGCAUUAUGGUUACAUUGCAAUCUAGAGAAAAGAAAGAUAUGUAUAACUUACAUUAUACAGCAAAUAAUGUAAUGUUACAUACCUAUAAGAAUCAUAUAUAUUAUGGAAUUGGACAAAACAAUCAUCAAUGGAAACGUUUUACCAGAGAUUUAGUUAUUGACUUACAAAAAGGAUUAUAUUUAAAUGAUAAAAGUAAAAAGAAACUUUCACGAUCUAAAUUAAAGAUCAUUAGAAUAACUCUUUAUGGUUCUGGAAUGAUCGAUAAUAUUACAUUAUCAACAAGCGAACAUAUGGAACAAUUUUAUGAUGCUGCUAAAUGGUUUGUCGCUAAUCAAAAUAUUACAUCUGGUGGAUGGCCAAAUCCAGUUAGAAGAAGAGUUUCUACUGGUAUGGCUACGCUGGAACCUGGAUGGUAUUCCAGUAUGGGUCAAGGGCAUGCUAUUUCAGUAUUGGCGCGAGCUUAUUAUCAUUCUCGAGAAGAAAAAUAUUUACAAGCUGCAGUGAGAGGUUUAAGGCCAUUUAAAUUAUCAUCUAAUAAAGGAGGUGUAGCAGCUCUAUUUUUAGGCAAAUAUAUUUGGUAUGAAGAAUAUCCUACAACUCCACCUUCGUUUAUUCUUAAUGGAUUUAUAUACUCCCUCAUUGGACUCUAUGAUUUAAAAAGUAUAGCAACAGGUAAAGAUGCAAAUGAGGCAUCAAGAUUAUUUAAUCAAGGAAUGAUCUCACUUAAAAAUAUGUUAACUUUAUAUGAUACCGGAUCAGGUACGACAUAUGAUUUACGUCAUUUUACUUUAAAAAUAGCUCCUAAUUUAGCUAGGUGGGAUUAUCAUUCCACACAUGUUAAUCAGCUUCUUCUUCUUAAUACUAUUGAUAAUGAUCCACUUUUUACUGCAACUGCAGAAAGGUGGAUCGGAUACAUGAAUGGUAAAAAGGCUGCACAUAAUUAAUUGCAUUUAUAUUUAUAUAUUUGUACUUAAAAUUACUACAUUGUGUCCUAAUAUUUAUAACUAAUAUCCGAUAUAAUUUCUUCACUUGUUUGAUUUCACAUUCUUAGAGAUUUUAUUUUAAUAACCAUGACUAUAAAACGAACAGAUAUCAGGUACGUGCGUUCAAUUGUUUUUAUAUGUACAUAUAAAUGUUUUUAUAAAAAUUAUUAGUAGUUCACGCACACACACGCUUAAAAAUAUAUCUUUCUUGAUAAUGUAUAUCAUUUAUUCGUGGAUUAUUUUUUUAAAGGUAUUUAUCAUUUUCAAUAGGGGUAAUAGUAAAUGCUAUCUAGUGAACUAGUUGUAUAAAUUAAUUUUUAUGCAAGUAUAAUACAUGUACUUAAAUAGUCAAUUUUAAUUGAAAUUUAAUCAAUUAAUUUCUCUGCAUGAACAUAUAAUAUGAAGUAUUUUGUAAUCUUUAAUAUUUGAUAUCAUUGAUAUCAAAUAGCUAGAAGAAAAAACCUUAAGAAGGUGUCAUGCAAUAUAUAUAUAUUAAAAGUAUUAUAAAUUUUAACAAAUAUAGGUCACCCCAGCAAGCAGCUAUUGAAUAUUAGCUUUAACCAUACAAAACACUUUCUUAAGCAUAUUUCCAUUUUUAUCUGCUUUUCAUUUAUUAAAAUGACAAUUCGACUAUAUACAAAGCAUAAGUAUUAUGGAUAUUUUAAUAAUUUUUUUAUAUUUUUAAUAACAUACCAUAUUUUUACAUAUGUUUCCCUUCAUUACUUAAAUAUGCCUCAUAAAUUUAAUUAGUAUUUGUUUACUUUAAUUUAAUAUUUUAUAAUGUCUAAUUUAAAAUUUCAAAUAAUUUUUAUAUUUAUGAUUUAUAUUUAAUUAUAAUUCAAAAAUAGUUUGCUGUCAUAUUUAAUAUUUUAUUGCAAAAAUAGAAAUACGUAGAUAAACAGAUGAAAAAUAUCAAUGCAAUGUUUAGAAAAACAGGGUAGAAAAUAAUAUUGGUGAUAGUAGCAUUUAGUGAGUGUAUAUUUUUUUACAUUCAAAGUGAUUGUAGUAACUCAGGAAAUAAUUUGCAAAAAUUCUUAAUUACUAUUUUCAUGUAAGUAAAAAGCUAAAUAUACUGAAAUCCUUUCAUCGAAAUAUAAAAACUUUGAAAUAGAACUGUAAUAUCAUAUAAAUAAAUUUGACGAUAGAUACUGCACAAGAAUAAUUCAUAAUAACUAAAUUAAAUAUUGUUGAAUAUUAUACAAAUUGGUUAUAUUUAUUAAGAUUAAAUAAAACACAUCAAUAUACAUUUUCUUAUAAUAGUAAUGUAAAUAUAAACUUUCUGUAGUGUAAUCUAAGACUGUUAUCAUUAAUCGUAUUAUUAAUUCAUUAUUGAAUGCAAUAUAUAUUAUACAUGUUUUGUAUUAUGCAUUUUAUAUAGACUGUGUAAUAUAAAUAAGUAUGUUUGUAAAGCAUGCUUUAAAAAUAUCUUAUAUAAUCAUUUUAAUAUCAAAUAAAUCCGAGUUAAAUAACAGAAAAGAAUAAAGUGGAAAAACUACAUACACAGGGUGUAACUUAUUAACUUUAUUAUAAAGCAUUCAUACACACAAUAAAUGAAAAUGAGAUUGUAUAAGUAAUAAUUAUACAAUUUAACUUUUUUAAACUUUAAUAAGUGCAUUAUUAUGAAUUUUUGUUUCUACAUAAAUGCCUUUUUAAUAAUUCCUACUACUACUUUUUACAUUAUAAGCUUAUGAAUAUUUGCUGUAACAAAACAAGAAUUAAAAGGACGAAUUAAAAUAUGAUCAUUAAUUUACAUGGAAAACUGCAUUUUAUAAAGGAAAAAAAGAAAUGGAGAUUAACUAAAAAAUAUGAUGAGGUCAUCCAGAAUAUACCUGAAAUGAAAAAAUAUUAAUCUGAAUACCAAAAAAUUAUACCAAUUCAAAAUCUAUAAAAAUGAAGAAUAUAUUGAGACAAUAGAAAAGCGAUUUGUAAAUAUGAUAACAUCUUUAUUUCUCUAGUUUUUCAUAAUGAGAUGACAAUUAUCAUAUGUUUAUGGUUUUUUACUUUGUUCCAUAUUAUCUGCUUAUGUGCAGAUUUUGCAAACCUUCCUAGAUUUUUAAAAUCAGUUUUAAAAUAUGUAAAAUACAAAAAAAUUAUGCAGGCUGAUAUUAGUAAUUACAAUGUGUACACGCACAAUUGAUAGGCAUUUGAAAUAUUUAUUGUGCAACAUAAAAAAAGAUAUAAAUAGUGAUAGAUUUAUUUUUUUUGUAUAAAAUAUUUCAUUCUAAUAGACAAUUAUAAUAUACUGUAAGCGGAAGUUAGUUAAUUACUACCUUUUGUGUAUUCUACUACUAUAUAUGUAUAAAGUUUUUAUUUUUUAUAUUUGUACGUGUGCACUUGUCAAUUUAUCAGCACAUAUGCUCGAAGCACAAGAUUAACAUUUACAUUGCUUUAAGACGAUAAGAAAAUUCCGUAUAUGUAAAAACUGGCAAUGUAUACUCUGAGCCAGAGUCAGACCAGAAAAAAAUUAUAAGUUAUUGCGUGUGUAUGUAUAUUUAUAUAUGUAUCCUUUGAGACGUUGCAAAUGAAGCAUACUUGUAUAACAGAAUAAAUCUUUUCAAUUUUAUCCCUUAUUUUUAACAGUAUUACCUGCAAAUACUGAAUAGAAAAAAAAUUGAAUAGACAAUAAAUAGAACAAAUACAAAAUUAUCUAUACAAUGUCUAGUAUCUAUUUUUUUUUAAUUAUUUAUUAUAUGAAAUUCUAAUAAAGUCAUUUGAUGUAUUAUGAUAUUACAAAUUUCUGUUCUAUAGGAAAAUUUAUUUUCUGUUACUAUAAUCAAAAAAGUAAGUGCAUUGUAUAAUAUAAAAUAAGAAAAAUGCUCAGCCUGCAUUAUGCAGAAAGGAUCGAGGCAUCUACGGAUUAUAUUUUCUGUGGUACAUUUUAGAUUUACAGUCUUAGUAAAUUACUAUAAUGUGCAUCUAUACUUCAUGUUCACCUCAUCACCGCUACUCUAUAUGAUUUUAUUAUUCAUUUACUCAAAUUGCAUGCUUACUCCUAUGAAUACAUCUGUAUGUGUUUUACAGGUUCGUGUAUACAAUGCCUUCGUUAUCGACGAAUAUGAAUAAUUC